CGACAGCUCGGAUUGUCACUCGUAACAAUUCCCAAUUUGGGUGCCUUAAAAGAAAACCAAAAUAAAUAUAUUUAGACUUUGUUUUAUUUGUUUUGUUGUUGUUUUUUUUUAAUAACAAUUUCAUAUUGAAGUUAAAAUAAAAAAAAAGACGUUGAUAAGAGUCUCGACUUCGCUCGGCUGCGUGCUGACGUGCUGACGUAUGGCUACGCAGGCGCAGUCGCUAGACAGAGCGAGAAAGCUGCAUUGAGACCUGGAGACAAGAGGCCAACCACAAUCCCAAGCUAUUGAUCUGAAGCUGAGCCAUACACUUAGAGAUGGCGGACACACAGCGCCUGGCGUACUCCAUCAUCCAGUUCCUACACGACCAGCUGAACUCUGGGGGGCUGUCUUCGGACGCACAGGAGAGCUUAGAAGUUGCAGUCCAGUGCCUGGAAACAGCUUUUGGGGUUUCUAUUGACGACUCGAGUCUCGCUGUCUCGCAGACACUCCCAGAGCUCUUUGCAGCAGCCACACUCAAGGAGACUCCUCGGGUAACAAUUAAUGCCGUGCCAGACUCCCCGACCGAGGAAGAGGCAGCUGAAGCAGAGAGACUCAAAACAGAAGGCAAUGAACAGAUGAAGGUAGAGAAUUUCGGAGGAGCGGUGGAGUUCUAUGCAAAAGCUAUUGAGUUAAACCCACGCAAUGCAGUGUAUUUCUGCAACAGGGCUGCCGCAUACAGUAAGCUGGGGAACUAUGCUGGAGCAGUGCAGGACUGCGAGCGAGCCAUCAGCAUCGACCCAAACUACAGUAAAGCAUUCGGCAGAAUGGGGUUGGCCCUGGCCAGUUUAAAUAAGCACACAGAAGCAGUGAAUUACUACAAGAAAGCCUUGGAGCUUGACCCCGAUAACGACACGUACAAAUCCAACCUGAAAAUAGCCGAGCAGAAAAUGAAGGAGCUUCCCAGUCCAACAGGCGGUUUGGGUGGCGUUGACCUGGCUGGAUUGCUUAGCAACCCUGGCUUCAUGAACAUGGCAUCAUCUCUGAUGACCAACCCACAAGUACAACAACUAAUGUCUGGGAUGAUGUCAGGAUCGUACGGGCCAAUGGGAGCGGCUGGUGCAGGAGCCGGGGCAGGACCAGGACCAGGACCAGGACCAGGAGUCGGAGUCGGAGUUGGAAGAGGAGGAGCUGGUCCAGGGGGUGCAGGGCCAAACGACCUAUCUGGCCUCAUCCAAGCGGGGCAGCAGUUUGCUCAGCAGAUGCAGCAGGAGAACCCUGAGCUGAUUGAACAGCUGAGAAGUCAGAUCCGGAGUCGGCCGCCUAGCGCCAGCAACGAGGAGCAGCCCUGACAGGCAGCAGGGUGGGAGUUUUGUUCAAUGUGACCUGAAGGCCAACUGUUGUUUUUUGUUUGAAACUCCAGGCUUUAAAAAAAAAAAAGCUCUAUUUUUCCCCCAAAAGGACAUGCAUGAUGGGCCCCAAUGAUCUUUUCUUUUUUUUUUUUUAACCCCUGCUAAUCAAGCUAUCAAGCCACUGGCAUGUAAAUAAAGGCGAGCCUAUUUGACUUUUUAACAAGAUCCGCUCCGAACCCUCUUUUGGAUUCACCUUUGGGUUUAUUUUUUUAUUACGGAAAUGCAUGAAGUCAAUGUACUUUCUAACAAUUGUUGUAUGUUAUUAUAACCAACCAAUGCGUUUCCUGUUGUAAUUCAUGAUUCCCUUAAAAAAAAAAAAAAAGGGUCAUUCUGUAAACUGCCACAGACCACUGAGUGGAGAAGUCUCAACCUGUUGUCUUUUGCCAUGGGGUAGAUUGUUUAACUGUGAUACAAAAUCCACUUUAAAGAACUUGUAUUUAUACUUAAAUAAACAUGAAUAGAUAUGUGCA